ACAGGAUUUCGAUUUGUGAGGUUCAGUUCUAUUGUCUAAGCAUUAUAAUUCAUCGUAUACUUCGCAUUAUUUUAUAGUUAAGCCACAUGUCUAAUAUAGGCUUAUUAUCAAUCACCAAGGAAGAACUUGCAGUUUUGCUUGAUGAAUUGUUUAGCCGUCAGUAUCUGAUGGACGUGAUAGGAUUGUCGGGUGAUGAUCACCAGUCAAGUCUCCAAGAAAUCGCGGCAGACGCCGUAGGAGAUGCCAGCAACGAGUCCCCACCUUCCGCUGAUAGCAGCGUCUUUGUAAUGCGUCGAGAGGCUUCUACCCGUCUCCAAGCGGCCAUCGAGUUCUCUGCGUCCUGCAGCGACGCAAGAAAUGGUUAUGAGUUUCAGCCUCUGCAAGCAGUCAGAGGCCGAAACGACGGAGCCGAACGAAUCAUAGUUCCGCAAGAAGUGAGGGCGGUGACGACGGAACGCAACGCAUCUCUGGAGAGCCAUCUGGUCACCAUUCAGACGUUACCCAAUACCGCGUGGAGAAUGGCUUCUACUCAACUUGAACGAGACUACAAGAAAUCUGCGUGCGAUCGCGAGCGAACGAGAAUGCGAGACAUGAAUCGAGCAUUCGACCAACUGAGAGAGAAAUUGCCAUUAUGCAAGCCUCCGGGGAAGAAACUGUCAAAGAUCGAGUCCCUUAGACUGGCUAUCCGGUACAUCCGUCAUUUACAGACCCUGCUGGAGAUAGGUCCCGACCUGACUGUAGAUACAUGCAGUACCCGAUUCUCCGCCCAACAGCACAGUGUAAUCACAUGGCCAGAUAUGACUCGGGACCCGUAUUACUACCCUCAUCACAUCGAGCCUCUACCCUCAACGUACCAGCUGCAGGGCAGUGUCGUGUACCCAGGAUCCAGUGAUUACAGCAUCAUGCCCACGACAUCUCCGCAUCCACAGUACGGCUUGACGGUAGUUGAUAAUCAACAGGAAGACCUGACAGCUUCAGGGUUCAAGGAAGAACUACCAGCAAUGUACUGGCAUGCAGACUCUUCGGAAGCAAUAUAUUCUCCUUGCAUGACACCAGAGUACCAGCUGCAAUAUUAAUUAACAUUGCAGAUUUUCGUCGUACGUUAGAAUAAUUCACAGAUGUAUUUUCAAAUUUAAUCUUGUACCAAAGAUAACGUGAUCACAGUUUGCUUGGUAUUGUAAGUGUCCAUUGGCAUAAUUCUGGUAGCUGUCUACCUAACAGGACAUUAAAGGCCUAAGCCUCUCCAAUCGACGUUAAUGUAACGUCAUAUUGGUAUAGUAGUUACAUCUUUAAUGCCUGUGUAAUUAUCUUUGAAUCACGUUGCAGUAGAGAGAUGUUUCGGGCUCCUUUUAUCAAUAAAGAUGACUCAGGAACGUUCUUUCAAACUUAAUUGAAAUAUUUUUUGCAUUUAAGCAAGUCCUUUGAAAACCUGCGAUGUUAAAUAUAUGGUGAUAAUGUACGUUCAAAGACCAACAAUAUAAUUGACGGCAUGCACAUAGUUUAGACUACGUCGUUAAACAUUAGAUAGAUUGCAGAAAUGUUUUAUCCAAAAGUAGUAGAUUUACUCUGUUACUUUAUUUGAAUAACUCAGAUGAAUAGUUAGAAUAAACAUGAAAUUUGCCUAAAGUGUAAAAAAAAAGUUUUAAUAAACCUGCAAUCAUUUAAAAACUG